AUGAGAGAAAUAAUACAUAUUGGUUUGGGCAAUUGUGGAGUGAGAAUUGGAUGCAAAUUUUAUGAAUAACUUAUAUAAGAUUAUUAAAUUGAAAACAAUAGGACAUGUGAAAAACCUGCAGAAGGAAUUGAAGUACAUUUUAGUGAAAUUGGUGAUAAAAAAUAUGUUCCUAGGUCAAUCUUAUGUUCUAGAGAUGUUGAAUAAAUACUUGCAAAUCCAUAAUCAUUAAUUUUUAAUCCAAAUAACUAUUAAUUAGAUAUAGAUGAAUGUUUACGUAAAGAAAUGGAAAUUUGUGAUAACUGUCAAGGAAUAUAGAUAACUCAUCAUUUAAGCACUGAUAUUAGUAUCUUUAAGGAACUUCUUCAAGAUUAUAAAAAUGUCAUUUAAACCUUUACAAUCUUUCCUAAUCAAGAAUAUGGACAUGACAUUGUUAAAAGUGCUUAAAAUUUUAGUGCUCUUGAAGGAUUAAAUGUAGUAGCAUUUGAUAAUUAUGGGUUAAAUGAAUACUAUUCAAGAUAAUACAAAUCAACAUUAACUUAUAAUGAUUACAAUUCUUUAAUAGCAAGUGUAAUGAAUGCUAUUACCUCACCUAUGAGAUAAAGUAGUACUUAUACAUUAGAGAAAAUGUAUUCUGUAAAUUCAUUAAUGAAUGUUGAAGUUUGUAAGUUAAUUUAGGAUAAACAAUCUUAAAUUAAUCUAUAAUAGAUAACUGAUACAAAACUAUUAAUUGAAAUGAGUUAGAACUUAAAUGAGAAGAUUAUUUAAGCUACUCUAUUUGCAAGAACAAAUCAAUUAACUCCAAAUCAAUUACAUUAGCAAUUAUAAUAAACUGCAAAGUCAUUUUAUAAUAAUAUGAUCAAUUUAAAUUAUUAAAUAACUCCUUACAAAUAAGAGAUAUUGGUUUCUUUGUAUAAAUCUUCACAUAUUAAAUUCAAAUUGCAAUAAUUACAGAAUAACUUAAAAUUAUUUAAAGAUAGAAAAGCAUUUGAUGAAAUAUAUUAAUGGGAUAAUAAUCCUAGUAAUCUUGAAUAUUUAAAUAAAUUGAUCUCAUUAUGUGAUCAAAUUGUAAAUACUCAUUAAGAAUAAUAAUAAUAAUAGCAAUAAUAAUAAAUCUCAGUUUAAGCAUCAAGUCCAAUAUCUGCCUCAGAUACUAAGAUGGAAAAACAACGUGAUUUUAUUAAAUCAUCAGAAUAAGUAGAAGCUUCUCCAAAGAAAUAAAUAUCAAUAGGAUAGUAACUUAUAUCAAGAAAUGGAUGA